AUGGCGGACGGCGACAGCGGCAGCGAGCGCGGCGGCGGCGGCGGCGGCGGCGGCAGCGGCGGCAGUAGCGGGCCGGGCGGCUUCCAGCCCGCGUCCCGCGGCGGCGAGCAGGAGACGCAGGAGCUGGCCUCCAAGCGGCUGGACAUCCAGAACAAGCGCUUCUACCUGGACGUGAAGCAGAACGCCAAGGGCCGCUUCCUCAAGAUCGCCGAGGUGGGCGCGGGCGGCUCCAAGAGCCGGCUGACGCUGUCCAUGGCCGUGGCGGCCGAGUUCCGCGACGCGCUGGGCGACUUCAUCGAGCACUACGCGCAGCUGGGCCCCAGCAGCCCCGAGCAGCUGGCGGCGAGCGCCGAGGAGGGCGGCGGGCCGCGGCGCGCGCUCAAGAGCGAGUUCCUGGUGCGCGAGAACCGCAAGUACUACCUGGACCUCAAGGAGAACCAGCGCGGCCGCUUCCUGCGCAUCCGCCAGACGGUGCACCGCGCGGGCGGCGGCGGCGGCGGCUUCGGCGGGCCCGGGCCCGGCGGCCUGCAGAGCGGCCAGACCAUCGCGCUGCCCGCGCAGGGCCUCAUCGAGUUCCGCGACGCGCUGGCCAAGCUCAUCGACGACUACGGCGGCGACGACGACGAGCUGGCGGCGGGCGGCGGCGCGGGCGGCCCCGGGGCUGGCCUGUACGGGGAGCUCCCCGAGGGCACCUCCAUCACGGUGGACUCCAAGCGCUUCUUCUUCGACGUGGGCUGCAACAAGUACGGCGUGUUCCUGCGCGUGAGCGAGGUCAAGCCGUCCUACCGCAACUCCAUCACCGUGCCCUUCAAGGCCUGGGGCAAGUUCGGCGGCGCCUUCUGCCGCUACGCCGACGAGAUGAAGGAGAUCCAGGAGCGGCAGCGGGACAAGCUGUACGAGCGGCGCGUCGGGGACGAGUCCGAGGGCGAAGAGGUCGACGAGGACUGAGGGGCGCCCGC